GUUUAGACGCCAUUUGUCCAAUCCAAAGGCAGAUGCCGUGGCCCGCACUGCGCAGUACUCCUGCAGACAAGCACCACUCAAGCCCAGUGCCUCUCGUCGUCGUCGUGUCAUCAUGCUUGGCUUAUUCGACAUGAUCGUGCUCACAGUGUCCCUCGCCAUUUCAUUGGCCAUCAUUGUUCCACUCACGGGCGCCAUCGUGCGUUUCAGGGCUAACUACAACCCCAAGGGUCUCCAGCUCGACCCCGAGGGCGACGUACAACCACACACCGGUCCAAUCAUCUCGUCCUUCUUCGCCAUGCUCAAGAGAGUAUAUGACAUCGAAGGCUGGUCUGGCCUCUAUAAGGGCCUCAUGCCAACCUUGAUAUCUUCUCUAAUCAUCACCGCCUUCCUCAUCGUAUUCCUGGAUGACAACAGUAUCCGUCACCGUCCAUACACCGCCCCCUCCGCUGGCAUCCUCGGAAUUUUAUUUUACAGUAUCUUUGCGAUGCUACUUUCCCUACCCCAAACCGUCAUCACAGACAGGGCCAUUACAACUCCCCACAAGCUCCCUUGGUUCAACGCAGCAUAUUCGUGCCGCAUUCUACUUACCCCCACAGAACGCCGCCGCCCAUGGAUUAUUUACCUUACUCCGGGCCUCCUCGCUGCCCAGGUCGCGCACAUUUCCUACGUCAUUCUCAUUCUGCGGUCCAUCCGUCACCUGAUCCUCCCCGAACUAGCAGCACAGGCUGGAUGGCGUGACGUAUCCCUUCUGAGAUUAUCUCUGUUUUUUGUCCUGGCCCUCGCUAGUACCGCGGUGCUUACUCCGCUUGAGGUUAUCUCUAUACGACUCGCGAUACAAAGGAAUCACGCCUCAGCAGAAUAUAACUCCGUCUCACAAGAGGGCGGCGACACCGAAGGCGUCACAGAGUAUGCAGGUGCAAACGAGGAUGCCACAGAGUAUGCAGGAGCCAACGAAGAUGUUAUUGGGCUGAGAACAGACCGAGCCCCAUACACUGGUUUGAUCGAUUGCGCCAAGACGAUAGUUGAGGAGGAAGGCUGGGUUGCAUUGUACCGGGCUUGGUGGUUAACUAUGUUGGGAUGUGUAUCCGGUGCAUUUUCUUAGGUGGAAGACGUCCCUGCAACGAUCCCUGUUUCGUGUGUUCGUAAUAUCUACCUACGGAUUAGCCAGACAAUACAUGAGUAUCUUGAUAU